CCUUGAAGCUCUGCAUACUUUUAUUACAUUCAUCCUCCCCCGAAACUACACACAAUAUAUGGCCAUCUUCUUUGCAGUCUUUGCCUUUUUUGAAAAUCAAAUUCCUCAAACUGGGGAGUGUACGGCCAUGCAAAUAAGGGCAGCCGUGGGAUUUUGACACCACCUGUUGUGAUUUACAUUCUUGGUCAGUGGUCAGGAAGGAGAGCGCGGCUGGUUUGAGAGAUUGACUGUGACGCCGGACAAGAGCAGCAGAAGACUGAGCGACGUCAUGACGAUGUCACGAGAAAUGAAGUCACGCUCAGUUGCCGUGCAAAGACACGUCAGAUAUACGGCAUCUGAUCUCUUUGAUCCGUUCAAAAUCAAAGGAUAUGAAAGAAGUAUGUAAAUACUCAUGGGAAGAGGAUGCCAAAUUCCUCGGUGUCUACCCCGAACAGCAAAAGUAAAACAGUAUCAGAUUAAAUGUCGGACUUGUUUGAUUAUUUUGCAAUUUUGAAUAACUUUCUUGGACAAGCUUCUGCCAUCGGGAGCUUUCGGGAGAGCCCAUUGAGCACUAGCACGAACGGGUCAAGAGGUGAUGCGAUGCAAAAUCACUGUCGAGCCUUUGUCUGGAUCGGAGGAGCGGCAGACAAGGAGGGAUAACCCCCUCCUCGCAAAAAAAAAAAAAAAACCCUUUGCAUAUACAUUUUCAUACUUUCCAUUGCUGUUGGUCAAACCAAUUUGGAUUUGUUCAGUCGCCUAUCUGCCUAACCUCCAAACAAUCACAAUCAGAUCAUCAUCCGCCUUGCUUUUUUGGAUGAAGAGAUGACCAUCAAGUGAGUUUCUGUACAUUUCAUUUUUGGUGGGGGACAUUGAACAUUUCCAGCCAUUUACAGCAGCCACGUGGAAAAUGCCAAGACGGAUUUCGCUUUCUGUAAGUGUUAUUUUGCACCGCAUAUUGAUUUUGAAAAGAAGGCUCAAGCCAAGUGUUUGCAGGUUCUUUUCCGGUGAAUAAAUGUCAGAUAACCAUGCUUGUGACGAAUCUCCACGCUCUUUUCAAGGUGUGCUGCUUUCUCAAGGACCCGUUGGAGGACGUCGACGCUUGGAGCGAGUCGGUGGACAAUGUCCUCACUUGUAAAAAUGGGCAGUUGGCUUUCCGGGAGUUCUUGCAGUCGGAGCACAGUGAGGAGAACCUCCUGUUUUGGCUUGCAUGUGAGGAGUAUAAAAAAAUUAAGAAUGUCCCAGAGAUGAUCUCCUCUGCCAACAGGAUCUACUCUGAGUUUGUUCAAACAGAAGCACCCAAACAGGCUCAAGUUGACCCUAAUGCGAACAAGCACUGUCAAAAAAGGACGAAUGGAAAAUAUGGAUUACAGUGCAUGAUCAACAUAGAUUGUCUUACCCGGGAAAAAAUUACAAAUAACAUCUCUCAGCCGACGUUGACUUCGUUCGACUCGGCUCAGAGGCUUAUCUACUCUCUGAUGGCCAGAGAUUGCUUUCCACGCUUCCUCAAGUCUGACAUCUAUCAAGGACUCCUGAGGAAAAGCGACUUAAGAUCUUUAGAGCUGCUCGACCAAGGCUCAUACAUGCGUGCACAAAAUCAAAGUUCUUCAUCACUGCCAUGCCCCAUGUCAAGUCUGGUCACUUCACCAGCAAAAGAGAGACUGUGCAGCAUGGAUACCGACAAAAAGAAACAGGCGACAGUCGGAGAAGGAGGUCUAAAGUCUCGGCUGCAGUGCAGAUCAUUUCCUAGUUCAAGAACUAGAGGGUCGGUACACAAAAAGCUUUGUUUUGAGGAACUGUCUCAGUGGUCACACUCCCUCGAGAAACUUAUCGCAUCGAAAUAUGGAACUAAAGUAUUCCAGGCCUUCCUGAAAUCCGAGUUCAGCGAUGAAAACAUGGAAUUCUGGUUGGUGUGCGAGGAAUACAAGAAGAUCAGGUCCUCCUAUAGGAUGACGUGCAAGGCGGAAAAAAUCUUCAAACUUUACAUCCAGGCCGAGGCCCCUAGAGAGAUUAACAUUGAUCACAGGACCAGAGAGCUGAUAAGGCGAAACCUGAAGACGGGCGGUGCAGGAUGCUUUGAUGAAGCCCAGAGGAUUGUCUUCAAGCUAAUGGAAGGAGAUUCUUACCCCCGCUUCCUCAGGUCUGACAUCUAUCUGGCUAUUCGAGACUCGAUCUGAAUCGGUGAUGACGUAAAUACGCAUACCGCAUCUCAGGGUUUGACAAAGUAAGCGCAAUGUUGGACUACCUGCGUGGACUUGAGCAUCCUCAGCGUGGGUGUGCCAGACAGCUGGAUUCCACUCUUUGGAAACCAAAACUAAAUGUGAUGCUUGUUGGCUAAAGUCGCUCUUCUACUGAUGUAUUAAACAAUAUUUAUUUACAA